AUGAGGAGCCUCCGUCAAGGACCAGUGCGCGGGAGAAACAAUUGCGACCCGGUCACACCGCAGCUUGAUGGGAGUGGCGAUAGAAGAUGGAAGGAGAAUUCUUCUGGACUUUUCGACGACAACCAGGGCCCGGUCACACAGCAGCUUGAGGGUGAUGAAAGAUGGAAGGAUCGUGCUUCUUCACGAGAACAAAUAGGGGCUGCGUACCCGUACUAUGGUGCAACGGAUGAGGAAUUCCGUUCGGCUAAAAAUGCAAUACUCGUUGAUGGUCGUGAGGACUAUGUGUUCUUCGACGGUGGGUGUUUGUGGGUGCAUAUGGAUCCGUUCAUUUGCAUGUGGGGCUCAGUGAGCCGUGAAUCUUCGUCAACUCGAGCGCCACUACUAGUCCAGAAGUGGCCAGUGGCUACACAGCGACCGGCGCAAGUCUGA